GUUUAUUUUUUUGAGCAGAUACCUAUUAGUUAUUACCUACAUAAAAUUAUUUUAUUUUUUACUUGUAUGAACUAUGAAAUGUGGCCAUGUGUUGUAAUUCAUUUACAUUUAUUACUGUAAAUAAAUUAAAGAUACAACAAAACCGAUAAUAUUUAAGUGCUGGUUCAACCGCGUGUGUAAUAUAAUAUUCUAACAAAAAUGAGUAAGACAUCUUUGGUGUAUGCGUACAUGUUAAACUGUUUGUUUGUUAUUGUAGUUAGUUCUCGUGUUAAAGUAUAUCCUGGGGAUACGUUACCAGAUCAUGGACGUUGUGAACCUAUAACACUUCAGUUUUGUCAACAAAUACGAUACAAUCAAACCAUUUUUCCUAAUAUAUUAAAUCAUGCCAAACAAGAAGAUGCGGGUCCUGAAUUACAUCAAUUUAUACCUGUUUUGAAAAUUAAUUGUUCUCCAGAUUUAAAGUCCUUUCUGUGUGCCGUGUUCGCACCAGUUUGUACAAUAUUGGAUAAACCCAUACCACCUUGUCGCCAUUUGUGUGAAUCUGUAAGAUAUAGCUGUGAUGAAUUAAUGCUAAAGUAUAGAAUGCCAUGGCCAGACUAUUUAAAUUGUUCGAGGUUUCCAAUAGCUGUAACAGACCGAAAGAUAAUUGAUGAAAAUGAAAUAUGUUUUGGGGACAGCAAUGUUACACAAAUACCCCAUAAAAAAACAGAAAAUCGAUUGCCAAAAGUAGAAUACAAGUCCAAUGUGAUCAGAGAUCCUACUAAGAUUCAUGGUGCUAAAAACUAUGGAUUUGUGUGUCCAGUCCAAUUUAAAAUACCUAAGAGCUUGGAUCUGGAGUAUUCACUCAAAGUUGGAGAUAAAGUGGAAUAUGAUUGUGGUGCACCAUGCAACGGGAUGUUUUUUUCUGUAGAUGAGAAAAAAUUUUCAAGAGUAUGGAUUGGUGUCUGGGCUACACUUUGUGCUUUGAGUUGCCUGUUUACUGUUUUGACAUUUCUGAUUGACACAGAUAGAUUUAGGUACCCCGAAAGGCCUAUUAUAUUUCUGUCUGUCUGUUACUUAAUGGUUGCUGCCUCUUAUAUUAUGGGUUGGAGUGCAGGAGACAGUGUUAGUUGUCAAGGUCCAUUCCCGGCAACUAUAAGUGGCACUAGAGUGCCUAACAUGUCUGUAAUUACCCAAGGAACUAAACAUGAACCAUGCACUAUACUUUUUAUGGUUGUAUAUUUCUUUAGUAUGGCAUCUAGUAUUUGGUGGGUAAUACUUACACUGACAUGGUUCUUGGCAGCUGGUCUGAAGUGGGGGCAUGAAGCCAUUGAAGCAAACUCUCAAUACUUUCAUUUAGCAGCUUGGGCUGUGCCAGCUAUAAAAACAAUAUCAAUUCUUGCAAUGGGAAAAGUAGAUGGUGAUGUUUUGUCAGGAGUGUGCUAUGUUGGAUUGUGGGAUGCUGAAGCACUGCGAGGUUUUGUGCUGUCCCCACUGUGUGUUUAUCUUGUGCUUGGCACAAUAUUCCUAUUAGCAGGCUUUGUUUCAUUAUUUCGGAUAAGGACAGUCAUGAAACAUGAUGGAACUAAAACAGAUAAAUUAGAGAAACUUAUGAUUAGAAUUGGAAUUUUUGGUGUACUUUAUACAGUGCCAGCUUUAAUUGUUAUCGCAUGUUUAUUUUAUGAACAGGCAUAUUUUGAUUUGUGGAUGGUCACUUGGCACCGUGACAUGUGCUCAACAGUACAGUAUUCAAUUCCUUGUCCUUUCACACACAACGAAGUUGAGAGACCCAAAUUUGAAGUGUUUAUGAUAAAAUAUCUCAUGACAAUGAUUGUAGGCAUCACAUCCAGCUUUUGGAUAUGGUCAGGAAAAACAUUAGUAUCUUGGCACCAAUUUUUUGAUAGGUUAAAGGGAACACAUGUUGAAGCUUAUGUUUAAGCAUAAAAUCAUUUCCAGUUAACUUGAAGGGAUGAGUGUUUAUUACAGUCUAAUGUUCAAUACAAGCUUGAAUUCAACCAUAGAAAUCUAAAUAAAACGGCAGAUGAGAUAAACAUGAUGCUUUAGGGACUACACACACUUAUUCAGCUCCAUUCGCAUUUCGCUGAACGAUUUUGGUCACACUUAUACAGCUCUGCAUCUGGCAGCCGCGUACAGCGUCGUAAGAGAGAGAGAAUAAUAACUUUAAAUCACGUCUGCACUCUUUAAUCUUUGCGUACAUAAUGAUGUCAAAUUUGAAAUUUAAAUUUAAAAUUUGUCGACAAGGAGUCGCGAACCAUCCCUGUAAAGAGCUGUUCCGCCGCAUUCGACGGCGAACAGUGCUGUACGCGGCGGAACCCCGCCUAACGCUCUCUAUAGGCAUUCACAUAAUAAAAACACAUUUAUCCUCACUUUAUGCUGGUUUGCCGCGAAACCAGAAUGGACGCGGAAAGCUGAAUCGACGCUUACACAUCUCCAUACAAAAUUGUUGUUUUCUAUGGACAAAAGCUGAAUAAGUGCGCGUAGUCCCUAACGGGUGACCUCUGGAACACCAGUGAGUAGUACUAAUUGCAACCACAAACAAUACAACAUAUAGAAAUAGUGUAUUUCAGUAUCUAACUGUGAAAACUCUUCUACAUCUUUUUUGUAUUGCCAUAAUUUUGCACACAAUUGCCUUGAUAAUCCAGUGUUGCAAGUGUACUUAGCAAUGUGUGUAUAGAUAAUAGUUGUUACCUCUAGGAAUUAUUAUAUAAUUUUUAUUUGGAUUUCUAUGACUACAACACUAUGAAUUCAUAAUGAUACUAAAGUAUGUUUUAAUGUAAAUUACUUUAGGUUUCUUUUUUAAAUAAUAUGUAAGAAGAAAGGAUUGAGUUCAAGAGUACAUAGAUUCUUAAUUUUAAAGGCUUUAAAUAUUUCUAUGUAAUGGUAAAAUCAAUGAUACUUACUCAGUAUAUUUUGAUACUUUUAUUUAUUUAAGCAUACAAUUAUUAAUCAUUUUCAAAUAAAUAACAUUAAAAUUGUGUAUUUGAAAUGUAAAGUAUUGACCAAUAAGACUUCAAGAGUAGCUCUCUUUAUUUAAAUAGCUGUUUAAUUUUGAUACUAAGCAUUUUUAUUUUAAGAUUUCAUGAUCAGACCAUGACUGUUUGAUGAUUUGAGAUUAAAUGUAAGGCUGAUAGUGUACAUAUUUUAAUUUUUUUUUUCAUUUAUAAAUCUUGGUGUUAAUUUUUACUCAGCUCCACUAAUAAAUUAUAUUUUUGUGAUAA